AAAAAACAGGAGAGCUGCAUGCGAGAAAACGAGAAGGGCAAUAUUUUUUCAACAUCCAUCAUCAUAUAUCAGCGAAACAAACUUAUUUUAUUCGGGUGAAUUUAUAUUGUGAAAAAAUCGGUAGAAAACAUCUAAUAAUCUGCAAUUUCGGUGCGACAUAUUACGCGGAAAGUGGUCGUCCUCGGAAGGAACGUGUUUUUUCGGAGGAAUUCAAGCCUGCGGUUAUAUAAUUUCAAGCCUCUUGUGCCCGCAGAAAAGCCAAAAAAAGAAAGGUUUCGCAGUGCUGCUGAAUGGAAUUUCACGAUCAGCGUGCAGCUUCCUACAAGGUACAACUCCAACAAUAACAGGCCCACGAAUUGUGCUCGGAUUUGGGACGGCUUCUUUGUUCCGACUCUUCAAAUACAUCUCCAUCGAAGCAUCAAGACGGCUCUCUCGCUCUGAACACCUAUCGUUUCACACGCUUCGACCAUGGACAACGACGGCAUGUCGAAUGAGCAAACAGAGAAGGUUCUGCAGUUCCAGGACAUCACUGGACUGGAUGACAUCAACGUGUGCCGAGACAUUCUAAUCCGCCAUCAGUGGGACCUAGAGGUAGCAUUCCAGGAGCAUUUGAACAUCCGCGAAGGACGACCGUCCGCUUACGCCACCGAAUCUCGGGCACCACAAGUUGUGAAUGAUCGCUUCCUGCAGCAUGUAUUUGCAGCUCAGCGUGGUCCCAGCGUUCCAGUGCCAUCCGGAAUUGGUGGUAUGAUUGGCUUUGUGGUCAACUAUGUGUUCAACUUUUGCUACAGCACGCUGUCGUCGAUAGUGACCGCAUUUCUCAGUUUGUUCAAAGAUCGAGAACGAAUUGUAACCGAUCCUUUAGGAGAUGUUCUAAACUUCAUUCAAAAUUAUAACGAGAAGUUCCCAGAGCAUCCGGUAUUUUAUCAGGGCACUUACGCUCAAGCAUUGAACGAUGCCAAGCGGGAGCUCAAAUUCCUACUAGUCUAUGUGCAUUCCGAGUCAAAAAGCGAAACGACCAGUUUCUGCAGGGAUACCCUUUCCAAUCCUCAGGUAGUUGAGUACGUCAACCGGCGAAUGCUGUUCUGGGCAUGCGAUGUAUCUUCCCCAGAGGGAUACCGUGUUUCACACUCGAUCAAUGCCCGAACGUAUCCAGUGCUGGUCAUAAUCGCUCUUAGAGCGAACAAAAUGGUUAUAAUGGGUCGCAUGGAGGGUUACUGUGGUGCCGAGGAAUUGAUACGACGCAUGGAAACCGUAGUCAACGAUAAUGAAGUUUGGCUCAAUCAAGCUCGCCAGGAACGAUUGGAACGUGAUCUCACACAGACCCUGCGACAGCAGCAGGACGAAGCAUACCAAAUGUCGCUGCGGGCCGACCAGGAGAAGCAACGUCGGAAACAGGAAGAGCGCGAAAAGGAAUUACGCGCCCAACAAGCGAUUGUAGAAGAACAGUUAGCCGAGCAGCAAAGGUUGGAAAACAUCGAGAGGCUCAAGCUGGAACUGGCUACCCAAGUGCCUUCCGAGCCGGAACCUGGCGCACCUGGUACAAUCAGCAUAGUCUUCAAACUUCCCAGCGGCCUGCGAUUAGAGCGGAGAUUCCAUGCGUCCAAUACCCUCAAGGACGUUCACAAUUUUAUCUUCUGCCAUCCGGAUGCACCGGAUUCGUUUGAGAUCACCACCAACUUCCCGAAGCGAGUGCUACAGUGUGAGGCCAAUCAUAACGAAUCAAACGGCGUGUCGCUACCGACGCUCGUCAAUGCGGGAUUGAAAAAUCGCGAAGUGCUAUUCGUAGCAGACCUGGACGCAUAGAGAGAGAGAGAGCACCGACCCUAAUGGCAAAGGUUAAUCAAUCGAGAGCAUAUAAUAGUCCUAAGCAAAGCGAACGAAGUUGUUAGGAUUGCGAAAAGAUUUGAACCAUGAGACUGCGUGUGGAGUUAAUUGUGUGAAAUGCUGAAACGUUAAGUGUUAUGCAAUCAGGAAAAUGGUUACGCGAAUGCAGAGUAUCCUAUUUACUGCACACAUUCGUUUGCUCUGGAAUGUGUCUUUUCUCUCUGUUCUUAAAUAUGAUGGAAAACAUUUACAAUUGGAUAAUCAUUUUCGAAGCUACACAUUACAACCAUUGGGCACUAAAAACUAUAAAUUCGUAUUUUAAAGACGCAAAACGUGUAAAUUGAUUAAUUUGUCUUGAUAUAUAUUUUUUUCUAAUCACGUUGGGAAUAUUUCGUGAUGUACCUUUUUUCUUCUCUAAUGUAAAAUGAAACAAAUGUUUUUAUGCCGCAAAAAAAACAUACAUUUUCAAUCGUUUUGUUUUUUUUACGAAGAAGCCGUACGUUUACUUAAUAAGGAUCGUACCCAUUGUGGAUGAUACAAAAAUAUUAAUCGUUUCGUUAUAUUUUGAAGUAGAUUCCUUAUUCUAUCGUAACUUAUUUAAAGUCGUAAUAAAAGUGAUUUAUCUUAAAAUUA